AUGGCUUCUCCACGCGCAUUCAUGGGCCUUCGAGGUAGUGCCCUAACACUGGUACAAUUAAUUACCGUGGUUUGCCCUUCAUUUAUUUUGUUUGGUUAUAAUCAGUCCAAUUUGGGUGGCCUUGUGUCAGUUUCAGACUUUGUUCAACACUUUCCGAGAAUUGAUACGAAGACGACGGAAGGCGACCAGAAGAGCUCGAACGCUACAAUCCAGGGAGUGGUCAUUGCUACAUUUACAUUAGGCGCUCUCAUCGGAUGUCUGUCUUGCUCGUAUACGGCCGAUAAAUUCGGCCGUCGUCUGGUCAUCCUUGCGGGUGCCAUACUCACCAUCGUCGGAGAGGUCUUGGAAGCAUCUGCCUUUCAGUUAGCCCAGCUGAUUGUUGGUCGAACGAUCCUGGGUGCUGGAGUAGGUAUGCUAAGUGGCACGGUACCAACCUGGCAGAGUGAAUGUUCCAGCUCUAAGAACCGAGGAAAGCACGUCGUCCUGGAUGGCCUUUUUAUCUCUUUGGGAUAUGUCCUGCAAGCGUGGAUCAAUCUUGGAUUUUACCAAAUCAAAACCGGCCCCGCGUCAUGGCGAGCUCCAAUUGCGAUCCCGAUCUUCUUUUCUCUCGUCCUUGCCGUCGCCAUUCUCUUCAUGCCCGAGUCGCCUCGAUGGCUCAUCCGACAGGGCCGCGUCCACGAAGCACAAACCACACUUGCCGCCUUAAAAAACCUUCCCGAAGACGACUCUACAAUCCAUGGCGAGGUGUCAGCAAUGGAGAUCUCGUUGGAGCAGACAGGGAAGACGGCAUCGUUGGGAGACUUGCUGAAUAUGGGCGAAGAUCGACUUCUCUACCGGUUUGGUCUCUGUAUCCUCUUGCAAUUCUACCAGCAAAUGUCCGGCGGAAAUCUCAUCUCGGUAUAUUCGACGGUUAUAUUCGAAGAUGGCCUUGACAUGGGAUCUCAGACGUCUCGAAUUUUAUCAGGCGGCACGUUGACAUGGAAGUUUCUGUCCUGCUUUGUCGCCUUCUUUACCAUUGACAGGUUCGGCCGUCGAUUUGUCCUCACGGUUAGUGGCACUGGAAUGGCAACUUGCAUGAUGGGACUGGCCAUCGCGACUUCUUUCCCGCAUUCCAACUAUGCGGCCUCGGUUGUCAGUGUGUUGUUCGUGUUUCUGUUCAACUUUUUCAUUCCUAUUGGCUUCCUCGGUGCGAACUUCUUGUAUUGUACGGAGGUUGCUCCUACACGGUUAAGAGUUGCAAUGGCUAGUAUUUCGACUGCCAAUCAUUGGUUGUGGAAUUUCGCCGUGACUAUGAUUACCCCCGUGGCGAUUGACAUGAUCGGAUAUCAAUAUUACAUCGUUUUUACGUGCAUUGGAUUCUGCAUUCCUCUGUCCGUGUACUUCUUCUACCCAGAGACAAUGGGUCGAAGUCUCGAAGAAAUCGAUUUGGUAUUCCGCAAAAGCCCUUCGGUGUUUUCCACAGUCAAAUACGCAAAGAAGAACCCCCACCUUACGAUUGAAGAGAGUUUUGUGGAAGAAAAAGCGGACAUUAAGCAUGAGGAAAAUGUAUAGGGGGGAAAUAUAAUGAGCUGAAGUGGGGGAAUGAGGGACAAGGCAAUGAGUGGUAUAUAUCGAGAAAUUUUACAACUAUGAGGUUUACACCGAGAAAUAAGAGCA